AUGGAUCCCGCUAUCCGAGCCCAGUUCCUCGAGUCUCCCCUCUACAGGGACUUCAAGACAGCUUUCCAGCACAUUAUGGAGAAAAAGAUCAAAAACUCCCAAGAAGUUCAACAGAAUGAAGUUCUGGAACCGUACUACUACAUCACUGGUCUUCCCUUGCCAUUCCGUGGAGGCUGCUGGUGUAUCAGCGCUCCACAAGACCAGUGCCGCGACCCCGAGACCUGCCCCUGCAAACCCCGUCCCUUCAUGGGCGUCAACAUGCGUCUCGCCGUCUGUAAUCGGGAUCACGACGAACGGGGGAACUGCUUCGGCGCUAGGAGGGAUUGCUUUGACCUACGGAACGUGGCAGAGCCCUACUUUCUACUCAUCUUGUCCCGCGGGUCGGAGCCCGCAACACCAUGGUCACAGCAACAGAAAGAAAGAUUGACCUCUAUCUUUGGGCUCUAUAGGAUUACGGACGGAAUGUAUAAUCACUUUGCAAAUGCGGUAUGCGCCUUGGUUGACGACAUGAUCGACCCGUUCAGGGCGGGGAAUGCAGGAUGGGUGUCGCAGGUCCAUGGCAUACUGGGAUGGUAUGGUCAGUCGGGUCAUCAUUGCGUUGAGGAGUUAGUGCGAUACAUGAGUGACGCCUGUCGGGAUCGCUUGGUUUUGGAGAGCCCAGUACUAGAACGUGGUCGACGUCGACGGAAUCGAGAGGAUUGGGAGGGUAGGGACAUUGAGUAA